CACUACCAUCACCACUACACCACUACCACCACUACUACCACCCCCCCACCCACCACCACUACCACCACCACCACUAUCCCCCACUACACCACCACUACCAACACUACCCCCACUCCCACCAGUACCACCACUCCCACCACUACCACCACUACCACCACUACCCCACUACUACCACUACUACCCACUACUACCACCACUCCACCACUACCACCACUUACUACCACCACUCCCACUUCUCUACCUACUACCACCACUACUACUACUACUACCACCACAACCACCACUACCACUACUACUACCCAUACUACCACCACUACCACCACUACUACCACCACUACCCCACUACACCCUACCACUAACUAUACCCCACAAACCACUACUACCACCACUACCCCACUACCCCACUACUACCACUACUAACCACUAUUUACCACCACUACCACCAUCACCACCACUACUACCGCCCCCAAACCCGCCACUACCACCACUACCACCACUAGUACCACUACUACCACCACUACCACCCCAACCACCACCACCACCACUACCAUCACAACUACCACCAAAACUACCACCACAGCUACCACCACCACUACCACCACCCCCACCACCACCACCACUACCACCACCACAACUUUCACCACCACUACCACCAACCAUAACACCACCACUACCACCACCACUACCACCACCACUACACCAACUACCACCACCACCACUACCACCACCACUACCCCCACACCACCACCACAAACCACCACCACUACCACCACCACCACUCACCCCCUUUACCCCCAACCACUACCACCCCCCACCACCACCACCACCACUACCACCACUACCACCACCACUACUAUCACCACUACCACCACCACUACCACCACCACUACCACCCCCACUACUACCCCCACUACCACCACUCCCACCACCAUUACCACCACUACCACUACCACCCCCACUACUACUACCACCAUAACCACCCCCACUAACGCCACCACUACCACCACCACUACCACCACUACCACCACCACUACCACCACCACUACCAACACCACUACCACCACUACUACUACUACCACCACUACCACCACCACUACCACCACUACCACCACCACUAACCACCAUACCACCACCACUACCACCACUACCACCACCACUACCACACCUACCACUACCACCACUACUACUACUACCACCACU